AUGUCACACGAAAUGUCCCACCUGGGCCCGAGGGCCUUCAACCACGACCAGAGCAGCGACGCCGAGCAGGAGUACGAUCGCCUGCGGGACCUAGCGCGCCAGGAGGCGUCGAAGCGGGGUGAAUGUUUCUCCAGGUCGAAAGAAGCCUACUCGAGCGGCAAUGGCGCGGCCGCGAAGCAGCUCUCCGAGGAGGGCAAGGCGCAUGGUCGCAAGAUGGAGGAGUACAACAAGCAGGCGUCGGAGUUCAUCUUCCGCGAGAACAACGCCAACGGGCGCGUUGCCGCCGAUACCAUUGACCUGCACGGGCAGUUUGUCGAGGAGGCCGAGGAGAUUCUGGAAGAGCGCAUCCGCUAUGCCAAGUCGCACGGCCAGAAUCACCUGCAUGUUAUCGUCGGCAAGGGCAACCACUCUGCAGGCCACGUCCAGAAGAUCAAGCCGCGCGUUGAGCAGAUCUGCCGCGAACUGGGCCUGCAAUACGCCACUGAGGAGAACGCCGGCCGGAUGUACAUCAACCUGACCGGCGGCGAGGCUGUCAUGCCCCCUUAUCAACCUCACCAGGCACCCCCACACGGCUCGCACCAGCAAUACCCCGGCCAGCAGCAGACACACCACCAGCAGCAGCAGCAGCAGCCAGAUGAGAUUGAGCAGGUUGUCAAGUCACUGCUGCCCAAGGUCAUGCGCAAGCUCGAGAAGGCUUGCUGCGUGGUUAUGUAA